CUUCCUAUAAAGGAGGGAUUCUCCGCAUGUUUGACUCUUCUCUGCUCUGUAGCCCCGCCCAUCACUCACACACAGACACAAACACACGCCCAGAGAGAAGAAGAAGGAAGAAUCCAUUAACAAAGCUCAGAGCUCUCUCCUUCUCUGUUCCUCUUUCAGUCUCUCUCUCUCUCUCUCUCUCUCUCUCUCUCUCUCUCUCUCUCUCUCUGGGUCACUCUGUUUCUGGGUGUUUUGUGUCGUGUCGGGUAGCUGUUCGUGUUCGGGGAAGACGAUGAUGUGAGCUUCUUUUCGUGUGUCUGUCUCCUUAACUCUCUUUUCAGUUUCCGAUCAUCCAUCCCGCCCCUAAAAUUAAAUGAUCUGUCGCCGUUAAGCCAUUUCCUCUGCUAACCUGCCCUCCCUACGAAGAAAGUCCUCUCCUUUUUAAUGCCCCUUUCUCCUCCUCCUCCUGCUGCUCGCUCGGAAUCUCCGUAGCCAUGGACCGGCCCGGAAAACCAUUACUUCCGAAGUACACCGAGCACCGGACGGUGACCCACAAGACCCUUAAGGCCCCUCUGUCCAAGGAAUUCCCUGAGCGGGUCAUCAGGAUCUCCUUCACCGACAGGGACGCCACCGACUCGUCCAGCGACGAGGACGAGGUCCCCCGCGUGAAGCGCUAUGUGACCGAGAUACGGAUCGGGGAUCCCGAUCAUAGGGCCGAGAAGCCGAGGGCAGCAGCUGGCAAGAAGGCUGAGGGCGCCAGGACGGCCCCGCAGAGGUGGCCGGAUGGCAGGAAGUACAGGGGCGUCAGGAGGCGGCCGUGGGGCCGGUGGGCCGCCGAGAUAAGGGACCCGCUCAAGCGGACGAGGGUGUGGCUCGGCACCUACGACACCGCCGAGGAGGCCGCUAUGGUGUAUGACCGCGCCGCGAUUCAAAUCAAGGGCCCUGAUGCUUUGACUAACUUUAUGACCCCUCCCGCGAGGGUCAACCCCCAGAUCGAUGUCGCCGCCGUUUCUGAGUGCGAGUCUGGCAAAGAUUCUCACAAUCUGUCGUCCCCGACAUCCGUCUUGAGGUUCCAGUCGGGCGAGGAAGCUGAUUCCAAAUGCGAAUUCGGGCCGUACCUAGACGAGGCCUCGGGUCUAAUGGAGGAGGGGUGCCUGUUGGAUCCUUUGUUCCUGAAAGAUUUCUUCGAUGACGAUCAGACCCCAGCUCCGGUUUUCUACGACGAUCAUUCCAUCCUAACCGAUUCGUUCCUAAGGGAAGAAGUGGACAGCUACUCGAUAAGCUUCCCGGAAGAGGACUUUGGGUCAUGUAAAUGGGACGUGGACAGCUUCUUCCAGGACCCAUAUGCUGCGUCGUCAUCGACUAAUGAUCAAUCCCAAGUCUAUUAUUGAGCGUCAAAAAAAAAAAAGGAUUCAAAUUUGUGGUAAAUUCCGAGGGGAGUUUUGGGUAAAUAUGACCAUUAGGGACUAGUAGUACUUUUGUUUUGUUUUUUUUGUCGGCAUUUUUGGUUCUUUUUUUCGGUGGUUUUUCUUUUUUAUGAGAUUUUUGCAUAGGAGAGACUAGAGAGUGUAAAGAGUGCAUGAAUUCCCUAAUUAAUCAUGAGAAAAAUGCAAAUUGCAUGUAAAAAGAAAUUGCUUUUGCUUCUUA